UAGAGAGAGAGAGAGAGAGAGAGAGAGAGAGAGAGAGGCUUGCUGUUGGAAGUUAAGAGCAUUGUUCCUCUCUUUAUCAACUUCCAUUGGCCACUUUGUUACUGUUUUGAAUUGAAAUUUUAUUGAGAUCGUGGAGAGAAGGGGUGGGCUGAGAUUUUCGUCGACCUUUAUGUUUUGCAGCCAUAUUUGCUUUAGUCUACUUUAAUUUUGUUUGCUUUAUUCAAAGCGGAAAGUAAUUUUCAAAUUUUCAAGUUUACCCUUCAAAAUUUAGUUUAAAAAAAUGUUGAUUUUCAACAUGCUUUUUAAAGGAAAUUCAGCUAAGCUUUACCCUUAAAGUUCUUGAACUUACUAAUCUACAUCACUUUUUGGCGGAUUCACUCAAUAUGCAGUCUUUUAAUCUAGCAGUGUUGAGCAAUUUCACGAUGAUUCUGAUUCACUGAUCAAUUGUGAGAGAAGUUUCACAACGGUUUUUACACUUGGUUAUGGAGAUCAUAACGGUUACGUAUAGGAUUUAUUUUUGUUAUUACUCAUGGAGAACCUGAAGAAAGGAAGCUUCAGCUCUGACCUUUCAACUAGAACCCGAAUCAGAAAUCUUUAUUCACCAACAUUCAACGAAAAUGACACCAGAAGGUGAACUCUUGUGAAUAUUUCAGUUUUGACAGGCCUUUUUGGAAAAUUAUUUAAAGAGCAUCUUACUUGGGCUUGAAGGAUUAUUGGGGUCACUGUUAGGCAAAACUGUCUGUUACGAGUUUCUGACUCUAUCAAAAGGGAAUUUUAGGUUUCUGUUGAAAGAAAAGGCUCAAGGCCAAAGAUUAAUCAAAGUGGUUAAUCACAACUAAUCCCUUCGAAUCAUUAUGCUUUUAGCUUAAGCAAUAUUUCAGCAGUUACUAAUUUUUCUAUAAUUAGCUUUUUUCUGUUGCGUUGCAGAUUAAUAAUGCUGUUAUGACCAGUUGGAGGGCGGUAGAGUUUCUAUUGCAAACUCAACAACCCCAUCUAUUAACAGCCUAACUUUUUAGCCCUUUUCUGCUAGGAAUGGACCAUUGAGAAGUUCUGUAUUAGUUUCCCUUCUGUUUAGUGGUUUGGGGAUAACCUUAAUUAUAGUCUUUUCACGUUUGGUGUGAUUUGAGUGGGUUUUUUAGGGCUAAUAGGGGUAGGAGUUGAGAAAUGGGGGCUAUUGAUGGAGAAGAAUUGAUGAAUUGGGAGAAGAUACAAGUCGGAGGCAAUGGAAAGGAAGAGAAGAUUCUGGUGUUGGUGAGAUUGAGGCCUUUGAGUGAAAAAGAAAUUGCACAGAAUGAGGUUGCUGAUUGGGAAUGCAUCAAUUCAACCACCAUUUUGUACCGGAACAGCCUUCAAGAGCGGUCUGGACUUCCCACAGCUUACCCAUUCGAUAGAGUAUUUAGGGGUGACUGUGGCACGAGGGAAGUUUAUGAGGAAGGAGCAAAGGACAUUGCCCUUUCCGUUGUCGGCGGCAUCAACUCUACUAUUUUCGCAUAUGGCCAAACAAGCAGCGGAAAGACAUAUACCAUGAAUGGGAUUACUGAGUAUGCUGUGGCUGACAUUUAUGAUUACAUACGCAGGCAUGAGGAACGGGCAUUUAUGUUGAAGUUUUCUGCCAUGGAAAUUUACAAUGAAGUUGUUAAAGACCUUCUCUGCAAUGACAAUACUCCACUCAGGCUGCUUGAUGACCCAGAGAAAGGAACAAUUAUAGAGAAACUCACAGAAGAAACCCUGAGGGAUUGGAGUCAUCUCAAGGAACUUUUAGCCAUCUGUGAAGCACAAAGACAAACUGGGGAAACGUCGUUGAAUGAAACAAGCUCAAGAUCUCAUCAAAUUCUUAGAUUGACGAUUGAAAGUUCAGCUCGUGAGUUCUUAGGGAAAGAAAACUCAGCCACCCUUUCUGCUAGUGUGAAUUUUGUUGAUCUGGCAGGAAGUGAGCGUGCAUCUCAAUCAUUAUCAGUUGGGCAAAGGCUGAAAGAAGGCUGCCACAUCAAUCGUAGUUUACUAACUCUAGGAACUGUGAUUCGCAAGCUAAGCAAAGGAAGACAUGGGCAUGUGAAUUACAGAGAUUCUAAGCUAACACGGAUUCUACAACCUGCCUUGGGAGGCAAUGGAAGAACUACCAUCGUUUGCACUUUGAGCCCCGCAAGAUGCCAUGUUGAGCAAUCAAGGAAUACCCUUUUAUUUGCUACCUGUGCAAAGGAAGUAACUACAAGUGCACAGGUCAAUGUAGUAAUGUCUGAUAAGGCCUUGGUGAAACAUCUGCAGAAAGAGGUAGCCAGGUUGGAGGGCGAGUUGCGAUCUCCUGGACCAAUCUGUGAUCAUGCAGCACUGCUAAGCAAGAAAGAUCUGCAGAUUGAAAAGUUGGAGAAAGAAGUUAGGGAGCUGACUAAGCAGCGAGAUCUUGCUAGAUCUCAUGUUGAGGAAUUGUUGCAGGAGGAUGCCCUUGGAUGUCCUCCUAAAUUGCAAGAAGAGAAAACACACAAAGACACAUAUCCAGCAACAAGGUUAUUGCGUGGAACCAAUCAUCAUUAUAUAAAUUCAAGUUCUAGGAAGCUUAAUGGAAUUCAGUCUCGUAAUAAGGACAUCAAGAGUGGUGCAAGGUCGGACCAACUGCUGUCCGAAGACAGUGAGGAUCAUUCUUCAUCUUAUGAUAUGUCUGAUCUGAGUCAAGGAAGAGAUAAUCUCCCAGUAGUAGCAAACGAAGAUUCUGACGAAGUUUGUAAAGAAGUUCGAUGUAUUGAGUUGGAAAAAGAUUUGUCAAACAGUGAGAAUGAUGGAAGAAUGUCAAUACUAUUGGAGUCCGGUAGUAGAUUUGCUGCCAAUCCAGUGCUAUCAGUAGAUCCUGGAGUUGAAAAUGGUUGCUCCGAUGAAAUGUUGAAGCAUAAAAUGCAAGAUGUGCAAAAUACCAUGGAGUCUCUAACCAGCACUUGCGGGGAUGAAUUGUCCCCGUCAAUCAAUAUAUUGGAUUCUGCAAACCUGAAAUUGACAAGUAGUGAGAGUUACAAAACUAAUUUAGUGACUGGUUCACCUGAAUUUCAGAUUGCAAAAGAAAUAGAAACCACCCCUCCACCUACUGGGACAGGAAAAAGCUUCCCAGGCAGACCAGAAAGCUUCCAAAGGAAGAACUGGAAUCUUCCCCCUAUGAUAUAUGCUGCAAAUGGAAUGAGAUUGUCCAGAAAUAAUUCACAGUCUUCAUAUGGUAGCAUUUUUCCCGAUGAAGUAAAAGCCGAGGACAACAUCCAUGGAGAUGACGACAUUCCUACCCUUGGUUCCUUUGUAGCAGGACUCAGGGAGAUGGCUAAGCUUCAGUAUAAAGAGAAACUCGAUGAUCAGGUUCAAGAGCCUGAAUCAAGAGCUCGAAAGAGCGUCGGAGAUGAAUUGGAUGCAAGGUAUGAUUCUUUGGGAGCUCCCUCAAAUUGGCUUCUGAAGUUUGAAAGACUGCGGGGAUUAAUAAUUGAAUUAUGGCAAGCCUGCAAUGUUUCGUUGGUACAUAGGACAUACUUCUUCCACCUUUUUAAAGGUGACUUGGCAGAUUCCAUUUACAUGGAGGUAGAACACAGGAGACUAUCCUUCCUCAAGGAGACAUUUUCUGAGGGAAAUAUAACUGUACAAGAUGGCCACACACACACAUUGGGAUCAAGUGACAGCAUCAAAGCUCUUCGCCGUGAGAGGGAGAUGCUAAGCAAGCUUAUGUAUAAAAGAUAUACAGAAGAUGAAAGGAACAGAAUUUACCAGAUAUGGGGUAUAAAAUUGAACUCAAAACAGAGGAGGUUGCAGCUGGUCCAUCGUCUUUGGAGUGACACUAAAGACAUGAAUCACAUUUCAGAUAGUGCAGCCAUAGUUGCGAAGCUGAUUGGAUUCUUAGAGCAAGGGCAAGCCCUCAAGGAGAUGUUUGGUCUCAGUUUCACUCCUCCACGCUCUCUCCGGAGAUCCUUUAACUGGAAAAGCAGUAUGACAUCCCUUCUCUGAGCAUGUAGCUGUUUGACAAAAAACUUUGUUCAUUCUCAGUACAUAGUACUGGACAAAUAAUGAACAAUAACUUGAAUUCAUUGUUAGAUCUAGCAAUGAAAAAUGACGAAAAAUGCUUCAUGUAGCAUAGUCCAAAUUUAUUGGGCAGAAGGCCUAGAUUUUUGUUGUAUUGUCCGGUGUGGUUUAAGUCACAUUGAAAACACAUGCCAUUUUAGGUAGAAUUAGAUAUAAGAUAUGAGUGGUUACUUUUAAAUGGUUGAUUUGAGUAUAUCAUGCCAAUGAACUGUGAAAUCUAGGCAUUUUUCAUCCUUUCGUCUGAAGUGGUAUGUAAUAUCUCCGAUAUGGUUCUCUCUUAAUUUUACUUGUCAAAUACUUUUUGUUAAAAUGAUUGGUUGGUGAACUUUUUAUUAGUGGGAUAUCAGUAAAUGAAAUUUUCGGUGA